AUGGCGGCGAGUCAGGGAGGUGGUGGUAACAGUGGGGGCGGCGGUUGUGGUGGAGGUGGAAGUAGCGGUGGCGGUGGCGCGGCCGGAGGGGGAGGUGGUGGAGCCGGAGUGGGAGGCGGCGGCGGCGGCGGCGGGACCCUGGUGGUGCCCAUCCCGGUACCGACUCUUUUCGGUCAGCCGUUCCCCAACGGGCCGCAGUGGAACCCGGGGAGCCUACAGCCUCAACACACCGUGAGGAGCCUGGACCGGGCCCUGGAGGAGGCGGGCAACUCCGGCAUCCUGAGCCUCAGUGGUAGGAAACUCCGAGACUUCCCGGGCAGCGGCUACGACCUGACGGACACCACCCAAGCAGAUCUUUCAAGAAAUCGUUUUACAGAAAUUCCUUCUGAUGUCUGGUUAUUUGCACCUCUUGAAACGUUAAAUUUAUAUCAUAAUUGCAUCAAAACCAUUCCUGAAGCUAUUAAAAACCUACAGAUGUUAACAUACCUUAACAUUAGUCGAAAUCUUUUAUCAACAUUGCCAAAAUACCUAUUUGAUCUUCCCCUUAAAGUUUUGGUCCUCAGUAAUAAUAAACUGGUAUCCAUUCCAGAAGAAAUCGGGAAGUUAAAAGAUUUAAUGGAAUUGGAUAUUAGCUGCAAUGAGAUUCAGGUUCUUCCCCAACAAAUGGGAAAAUUACAAUCACUUAGAGAGCUAAAUAUAAGAAGAAAUAAUCUUCAUGUAUUGCCAGAUGAAUUAGGAGAUCUUCCCUUAGUCAAGCUGGAUUUCUCUUGUAAUAAAGUGACCGAAAUUCCAGUUUGUUACAGGAAGCUGCAUCAUUUACAAGUAAUAAUUUUGGAUAACAAUCCAUUGCAGGUACCACCAGCGCAGAUAUGUUUAAAAGGUAAAGUACACAUAUUUAAAUACUUAAAUAUCCAAGCAUGUUGCAGAAUGGAUAAGAAACCAGAUUCUCUGGAUCUUCCAUCAUUGAGUAAAAGAAUGCCCUCCCAACCUCUCACAGACAGUAUGGAAGAUUUUUAUCCAAAUAAAAAUCAUGGCCCUGACUCUGGAAUUGGAAGUGAUAAUGGAGAGAAACGAUUGUCUACAACGGAACCAUCAGAUGACGACACAAUCAGCCUUCAUUCUCAAGUCUCAGAAUCAAAUAGAGAGCAGACAUCAAGAAAUGACAGUCACUCAGUAGGAAGUAAACCUGACUCUCAGAAAGACCAGGAGGUGUAUGAUUUUACUGACCCCAACACAGAUGAUGUAGCAGUUCCUGAACAAGGAGAUGCACCUAUUGGAUCAUUUGUUGCUUUCCUGAAGGGAAAAGAAAAAGGCCCUGAAAAAUCUCAGAAAAAUGAAGAAUUGGGAGAUGAAAAAAGACUUGGGAAAGAGCAAUUACUUGCCGAGGAAGAAGAUGAUGGUUUGAAAGAAGUAACUGAUUUGAGGAAAAUAGCUACUCAGUUAUUGCAGCAAGAGCAGAAGAACAGGAUUCUUAAUCAUUCAACUUCUGUCACAAGAAACAAGCCAAAACAAACUGUGGAAUGCGAAAAGAGUGUCUCAGCAGAUGAAGUUAAUUCACCAUUAUCACCCCUCACAUGGCAGCCCUUAGAAAAUCAAAAGGAUCAAAUAGAUGAACAACAGUGGCCAGAAUCUCAGCCUAUAAUCUGGCAGAGUGAAGAAAGGAGGCGGAGCAAACAGAUUAGAAAAGAAUAUUUCAAGUAUAAAUCAUCAAGGAAGAGUUCAAGUGGCAAUGAAAACGAUGAGCAAGACAGUGAUAAUGCUAAUAUGUCACCACAAUCUCCAGUAUCAUCUGAGGAGUAUGAUAGAACUGAUGCUUUUUCACAUGGUCCCUUUGGCUUGAAGCCUAGAUCAGCUUUUAGCCGCUCAUCUCGUCAGGAAUAUGGGGCAGCAGAUCCAGGUUUUACAAUGAGAAGAAAGAUGGAACAUCUACGGGAAGAACGAGAGCAAAUACGACAACUUCGCAAUAAUCUCGAAUCCAGGUUAAAAGUAAUUUUGCCUGAUGACAUUGGAGCUGCACUGAUGGAUGGGGUUGUUCUUUGCCAUUUAGCCAAUCACAUAAGGCCACGCUCUGUAGCUAGUAUUCAUGUGCCAUCACCAGCAGUGCCUAAACUUAGCAUGGCAAAAUGUCGAAGAAAUGUAGAAAAUUUUCUUGAUGCUUGUAAAAAGUUGGGUGUCUCACAGGAAAGACUCUGUUUGCCUCAUCAUAUUUUGGAAGAAAGAGGUCUUGUGAAAGUUGGUGUCACAGUUCAGGCUCUUCUUGAAUUACCUACAACCAAGGCAUCUCAGCUUUCUACGGCUUGAUAUAACAUUUAAAAAUCAUAAGUGUCUAGUUUCAUUUAUUUGAAGUGAUUUCAAAUAUCUCAAAUUUAUGAAUAAGGAUGUCUAAUCAAAAAUAAUUUUAUUAGAUCAAGCCUUAGGUUUAAGAAAUAUUUUGUUAAAACAUUAAAAUUCAAUUUUGCAUUGCCCAAACUUCUUUUGGGGGAAAACUGGAUCAACUUAAUAAGAGUUUUUGAUAAAUUCAAAUUCUCUUUUUACUAAGUCAGCUGAUAACCUUGAUUAUUUUUCA